UGCAUUCUCUGUGAGUUUACAUUUUUCUGCCUUCCUCCCUCCCUCUUUCACGUCAUCCUGACGCCCUCUCACCCUGUUUUCUCCGUCUGACUCCUCUUCUUCCUCGCUGUCAUGCCCUGUUUCUGUCUCUCUUGAGCACGCUCACUCAUUUCUUGCUUUCUCUCUCUUGCAUUUUCUCUCUCUCACCCCAGCUCCCCGGCCCGGUGGCUGCUGCCCCGACCCCAUGCUGCCCCCUGCCCUGUGCAACACUUUCCACCAGUGUCCGGGGACUGGGUGACCCAACUUGGUGGUUCCAGUGGCGUCUGUCAGAGGGGCCUUAGGGUCACAGCGUUUCCUCCCAGGAGUGACGGGGCAGUGACAUGCUGUUUCCUCACUUCUGCAAUUUCCACAAAGCGCAGAGCCUGGGUCUGCACACAGAGAAGCUCAGAUUCCCCCAGCUGUAGCCGCUGUUCCUCGUCCAGGCACAGACGAGCAGGACAGUGACCAACGGCCUUUUCCAGGCCAGAGCGAUGGAGAAGAAUGAUCACCCUCGUGUGGACUCUGAGUUCCGAUACACCCUCUUCCCGAUUUUUUACAGCAUCAUCUUUGUGCUGGGGGUCAUCGCGAACGGCUACGUGCUGUGGGUCUUCGUCCACCUCUACCCUUCCAAGAAACUCAAUGAGAUAAAGAUCUUCAUGGUGAACCUCACCAUGGCUGACCUGCUCUUCCUGGUCACCCUGCCCCUGUGGAUCAUCUACUACCACCACCAGGGUGACUGGAUUCUUCCCAACUACCUGUGCAAUCUGGCUGGCUGCUUCUUCUUCAUUAACACCUACUGCUCGGUGGCUUUCCUGGCCGUCAUCACUUACAACCGCUACCAGGCGGUGACGCAGCCCAUCAAGACCGCUCAGGCCACCACCCGCAAGCGUGGCAUCUGUUUGUCCCUGGUCAUCUGGGUGUCCAUUGUGGCCGCUGCAGCCUACUUCUUCGUUCUGGACUCCACCAACGUCGUGCCCAACAAGACCGGCACAGGCAACAUCACCCGCUGCUUUGAACAUUAUGAACAGGGCAGCAUCCCAGUCCUCAUCGUUCACGUCUUCCUCGUGUUCGGCUUUCUCCUUGUCUUCCUCCUCAUCCUCUUCUGCAACCUGGUCAUCAUCCGCACGCUGCUCACGCAGCCCAUGCCGAUGCAGCGCAACGCGGAGGUCAAGCACCGGGCGCUGUGGAUGGUCUGCACGGUCCUGGCUGUGUUCAUCAUCUGCUUUGUGCCUCACCACAUGGUGCAGCUGCCCUGGACCCUGGCCGAGCUGGGCUACCAGAAAGAAUUCCACCAGUCUAUUAAUGAUGCGCACCAGGUCACCCUCUGCCUCCUCAGCACCAACUGUGUCUUAGACCCCGUCAUCUACUGUUUCCUCACCAAGAAGUUCCGCAAGCACUUCACGGAGAGGUUCCACAGCAUGCGCAGCAGCAGGAAGUGCCCCCUGGCCACCAUGGAGACGGGCACCGAGGUGGUCUUGCCGCUCAACCACGUCCCUGCCAAUUCCCUCAAAAAUUAGCCAGCCCAGAGACAUGGACAUCGUGACUGACACGGGGGAAGAAGGGAUAUUUGCUGCGGCCUGGGCACCUCUUCCCUGGGCACCUGGCGGCCCAUUAGAUACGGGAGCCACCUCCCCAAGGUGGGGACGGUAAAGAGCCAGACUGCUGAAAAUCCCGAACUGGAAUGAGUCCCUUGAGCCGCCUUUGGGCCCCUGCCAUAGUAACCCUGGCUGGUGACCUCCUCCGGGUGCCUGCAUCUGAGAGCUCUGGGAAAAAAGUCAGAGCUGGGGCAGGACUUGGGGGCUGAGCCGCCCAGUUCACCCUACAGGACAGCAGCGCAACCCGGUGUGGGCAACCACUCCCUUUAUCACUGGAAAGGCAGGGAAAGGGGUUUCGGGAAAGAGACACUCUCCUGGUGACCUGACGGUAUCUCUGGGACAGAAUUCUGAGAGAAGACGGUGCCGCCCUGUCUCCACCCACAGGCCCAAGGUCUUUAUCGCCCUUCUUAGGGAAGUAGCUGGGUGGAAACUUCUCCCAACUCACCCAACAACAUGCUGAAUGGUGACCAGAGAAGAAAAAAUGUGCAGAGACCAAACUCUGGGAUGGGGAGCUUGUUUCCUGAGGCACAUGUGUCUCCCUACAGAGGCCUCGUUUCAGGCCCGGAUUGGCUCUGGAGCCGUGGGAAGGACAGGAUCGCCAAAUCCAUCUGUCUGUCUCAGUGACGGACCCCCGAGGAAGUACCUGCUGUGGGGCAACCACCUGCUGUAGGAGGGCAAAAGCCUCUCAAGGCGGAACUCUGGCCACCCAGCGUGCCGAGCUGCCCGGAGGCUUCCACACAAACAGGAGCUUUGGCUGGGAAGUGCCUGCGUGUGGGAGGGGCCCUGGCCAGGAAGGAGCCUGCCAGUCUCCCUUCCUCGAUUUCUAGGGGACCCCUCCUAAUUGAGUGUCUAGGAGGUGGGAGGAGCAGUUAGGGUCCCCAGGGCCAGCAGGCACCUUGAUUUUCGGGGUGUAUCCAAACGGGCCUCCUCUUGCACCCUGAGCUGAGUACCUGCAGUACGAAUCUGGCAGCCUUAGACCCAGGACUUGGAAGAGCCUUCUCUGGUUUCCUGAGCCUUGUGGACCUUCUAAGAAAUCUUCCCUUUCCAAUAGUUUUCCCAUAAAGUUGGGAUCCUUGUAUUUUGUCUACUGGGCAAGCACUGGAUUGAUGAUUUUGAUAACUGCCUCCCCGUGGGCCAGGAAACCCCUCGUGUUCGCAAUGGUGGCUGUGAGCCUGACUUAGCUGAUGGUGACCAGGUUGAUAGUGCAGCUGACUAGAGCUUUGGUGUCACAUAGACCCAGGUUCAAGUCUUGCCUUUGUCACUUCCUGCUGAGGGACUGGGAACUGAAUUUCCUACCUUAUGGGGUUGUUCUGAGCAGUGAAUUAAGUUGCUGAGGCAGAUACCUCUUGCAGAUGCUCAUCCCAGAUUCUCCCUUCUUCUGAAAAUUUGGUCCCCUCAAUCCUCCUAUAGGAGUUGAAUGGAUGAAAGGUGAGCUAGUCAAAUUCUCUCAGGAACAAGUAGCAAGAUUUAGGGAUGUUCUUUCAGGCUCCGCAGAUCCCUCACCCAAAGAGAGGAAACUGGAGCUGUGAGUAUGUGCGUCUACAUGUGUGUGUCUGUGCCUCUGUGCCGGGGUUGGGACGGUGGCGGCAGGCAGCCCCCUACACGCGUGUACUGGAGAAGGAGAUGCGCAGAGCAGAGAGGAGACCAGAGGGAGACCCCGAAGCCCGGAGGGGGUGGCGGUGUUACCAGGGACCCGCGGCUCUCCGCCUCCUCCAGGCCAAGCCCUUCGGAGGCACAGCUGCACUUUUUCCUUUGGAGCCUGUGAGAGUUCUUGGCUAGGGUGUCUUCUCUUAUUUUGCUGAAGCUGAUUUAUCUAUUACUUGCAACCAAAAGUGCUUGGAAUGAGGUGAACACUUAUACGCUAAAGCACAGUGUUUCUUGAAUGUCAGGGUUCAUGUGCCCACUUUGCAACUUUUGCAAUAGCUAUGUACCAGCAGUAUGUUUGCUUAAUAAACAUUUUUCUUUAAAUCGGGUCACUUUUUAAAACUUAAAUUAUUCAAAAGGAUGUUUUAUUACUAAAUUGUGAACAAAAACGAAUGCCACCUGCCACACACAGAAGGUAAACUUCAAGCGUAAUUAUUAAAAUUAAAAUAUUCUUGGUGUCCUGUCUAAAGUCACCUCAUAUGCCCCCAGGGACUUGCAUAGUGCACCCCAGGAAACACUGCUGUACUGUGUGUGAAGUGCAAGGGGUCUGUAUUCAGUAAGUGCUCAAUUAAGAGUAAGUCGACAAUCUAACUCCCUCGCUUCUUCCAGAAUGCUACCUCAACACACAGGACAGGGUCUUGCUCCUACCCGGGACCCAUGGAGGAGUGUUUCAGUCUGGCCCAUGCUGGUCUCUGUACCACCUGAAUACAGCCACAUUUACUCCCCUUGUGCUCUCCACUUGUUCGUGACCUCAGAUGCUCUCUCUUCUUUUUGCCCAGAAUAUUCCUUAUAGACAACCUUCCCGAAGGCCUCCAGGCAGGGUCAUUGCCUUUCUCCUAGCAGCAUUUUAGGGCCGGAAGGGUCUAACUUGUCUGUACCUUAAUUACUUCGGUCAUUGAAGUUUAUGCAUUUCAAUGUCCGCCUUCUCUUUCCUGGGGCAGGAACUGAAUCUUUCUCACCAAUGUAUCGGCAAAAGGCCUGGAACUGAGAUCAGUCUGGCUCCAAGGCUCACUGCUUUCCCAGGGUGUAGCAUCAACAGACAUAUUGACAUUUAUACACAUUUAUUUUGAAAGGGUUUGAGGGACUCUUCAGGGACAAGUAGAAAAGGAAUUUAAUAAUACAGGUCCUUCUAAAGUUCUAUGUUCAUAGUUAAAGGAAGAUGUCAGGGAUUUUCAGAGGAUCAGAAUGUUUUGGAGCUGGAUGGGUCCAAUCCGUUUAUCUUACUGAGGGGAACAUGGGACUCAGAACGGCCAAGUGAUUGUAGAAAUUACACAGCGCUGAGCUGCAGCAAACGCAGAAUUGGUUGCUAAGCUCUGUGUCUCAUUUCUCGCAAUGGUGACAGGGAUGAUAGGAAAAGCUGGUUUGUAAUUAUUUCGAAGAACAAAAUCACCACUCAGGACUUCCAACCAUCUCGUAAGUCAGCUUUCCCCUCAGGGUGUCCCCCAGUGAUCUCAGCUGGGGAACGUUGGCACAUGCAAGACCUGCCCCACCCGGAAAGAUGAGGAAUAGACUUGAGAGUGCUAAGUUUAGGUGUCGGGGGAAAACCCCAAAAGCCUAAAUUCAGGAAUGAUUCCCAAGAACUGACACGUAGUCUUAUUCAAAUUCCUAAGAAUUUAACAGGAGAAACUCCAUACAUGGGCAAAGCAGCUAUCUGCUCCCAGUGGUGGCCGGUUGGGAAAAAAAUCCACACUCUUCCAGAACAGGGUCUCUUUUUCAUAGGGGAUUAAUAGUAAAAACACAUGGUGGGUAGUCAUGCAGACCACCAGAAAGAACAAUGCAUUUCUAAGUUAACAAAUAACAUCAGGCAGUUAUCCACACUCUGUGCAUUCACUAGCCUCCUGCCUGAGGGCAUGACAUUUAUUUUGGGGCAGCAUUCCAGUUUUCUGGGUAAUCAGUCAAGACUGAAGCAACAGAACGUUAAACAGUCACAGAAGUUUAAACAGAGCCCUGGCUGUUUAAACAGAACCCUGGUAUAGCUCAGUGGAUUGAGCACGGGCCUGUGAAGCAAAGGGUCACUGGUUUGAUUCUCAGUCAGGGCACAUGCCUGGGUUGCUGGCCAGGUCCCCAGUGGGGAACACAUGAAAGACAACCACACAUUGAUGUUUCUCUCCCCCUCUCUUUUCUUCCCUUCCCCUCUCUUUAAAAGUAAAUAAAUAAAAUAUUAAAAAAACAAACAAACAGAGAGUCCAGCAUUUCCCAGACAUCUUUACCAUUGGAGCCACAUUACAUCUCUGACUUCCCCUGUAGUUGGUCACGGGUGACUAGAACUGGGCAUGUUCAUGCUGCUUUUUACUCAUCUAUGGUAUAUCUGUGCUUGAGACCUGUGGCUACAAAUAGGUACAAUAAAAUCUUCUUGUAAAAUAUAACUGGUUUUGUGUAGACUUGUAUUUUUGUAAUACUAAUUAUGUUUCCCCUGACAUUCUGCCAGCAAACCAUCUCCCCACUUACCCAAUCAUUCAUUCAUCAGUCCAUCCAUCCAUCCAUCCAUCCAUCCAUCCAUCCAUCCAUCCAGGUAUCCAACAAACACCUAUGGAGUACGUAUUUUGACC